AUGGAACAUAAAAUCGUCAUUCUUUUAGCAGUUGUCCAUCUUUUCGGUUCAACUUUUGGUUAUGUUCAUGAUUAUCAUCUUUCGGAUGUAGUUGAUGUUACUCUUUCAAAAUCAACUUCAAAUAAUAUUACAGAAUUACAGACAGCACCUAUUAUAACUGCAGCAAAUCCAUUUGGUCUACCAGGUAUUUCAGAAAAUACUCGUAAAGAUAUUAUAAUUGUUGAUGGUGAUGUUGCUUCACCAGUUGGACAAGCAAGAACCCUUUUCAAAUCAACUCAACGAUGGCCUCGGGGUAUUGUUCCAGUUGAAUUGGAUAACGCUUAUUCUAAUAAUCAGAAGAAUAUUAUUCUAACAGCCAUGUCAAAAAUAAGUCAAGCAACAAAUAAUUGUAUUCGAUUUGUUUGGAGAGGAAAUAAUCCAUACUGGCUUCGUAUUCAUCCAGGAAAUGGUUGUUGGUCGUAUCUGGGUAAAAUAGUAAAUAAUGGUCGUCAAGAUCUUAGUUUACAAAAUCCAGCUUGUGUUCAUGAAGGAACAGUAAUACAUGAGUUGUUACAUGCACUUGGACAUGUUCAUGAACAUAAUCGACCAGACCGAGAUGCAUGGGUGAGAAUUAAUUGGGGAAAUAUUUCACCUGGAACACAAUCAAAUUUUAAUAAAUAUUCAGCUGGUGAAGUAGAUACGUUUAAUUAUCCAUAUGACUAUGGCUCUAUUAUGCAUUAUCACUCUACAGCUUUCAGUAAGAAUGGUCAUCGUACGAUUGAGACAAUUCGACCUGGAUUUGAGAAUUAUGUCAAUUCUAUUGGUAGAUCUGGACGUCUAGCUGGUUGGGAUAUAGAAAAAUUAAAGAAACGUUAUGGUUGUUAA